AUGCAUCACCCCACCAUCUGCGUCCUGGCAGUCAGCCUGCUGUCUGCGCUCCCCGGGGCCCAGGGGAUAUACACCAAGAAAUCUCCUGUUCUUCAGAUUGAUGCGAAGAACUACGAUAGACUGAUUGCUCAGAGCAAUUAUACUUCUAUCGUCGAGUUCUACGCCCCAUGGUGCGGCCACUGCAAGAAUCUCAAGCCAGCCUACGAAAAGGCAGCCAAAAACCUCGAAGGGCUCGCCAAGGUUGCGGCAGUGGACUGCGACGAUGAUGCGAACAAGCAGUUCUGCGGCUCGAUGGGCGUGCAGGGCUUUCCGACACUCAAGAUCGUCCGCCCAAAGAAGGGUGGUGGCCGGCCGGCGGUCGAGGAUUACCAGGGCCAGCGGACAGCGAGUGCCAUUGUUGAGGCGGUUGUGCAGCGCAUCAAUAACAAUGUUGUGAAGCUUGAGGACAAGAAUCUGGGCAAAUUCCUGAGUGACAAGAACGACACAGCCAAGGCUAUCCUGUUUACCGACAAGGGCACUACCUCGGCUUUGCUGAAGAGCAUCGCGAUCGACUUUGCAGAUGUCAUCACAAUCGGCCAAGUGCGGAACAAGGAGUCGAAGACAGUGGAGACGUUCGGGGUGGACAAGUUUCCAACCUUGGUGCUGCUCCCGGGAGGCGAUGCACCUGGCGUUGUCUAUGACGGCGAGAUCAAGAAGGAGACCAUGGUCAAGUUUCUCUCGCAGGCCGGAGAGCCGAACCCCGAUCCGGCGCCACCCAAGGCAAAGGGAGAGAAGAAGGAGAAGAAGUCAUCAAAGGCGCAAGCCAAGACGGCCUCGUCUGAGACAUCAUCUUCGGCAGCCGAGUCCCAGUCCGAGACUCCUACCCAACAAGCGCCAGUCAUUGUGGAGACUGCGCUGCCGAUUCCAGCCGUCAAUACCCCCGAGAAGCUGAUCAAAGAGUGCCUGACAGAGAAGUCCCACACCUGUGUGCUGGCAUUUGUCCCGUCGGGCGAGGACGAGAAUGCCAAGGAGGCACUCGCAAGUCUUUCCGAAUUGGCCUUUAAGCAUGCCCAGAGCAAGCGCCAUCUAUUCCCCUUUUUUGAGGUUCCCAAGAGCAAUGAACGCGCUGCGUCUCUUCGCAAGGCGCUGGACUUGAGCAAAGAUGUGGAGAUCAUCGCGAUCAACGCCCGCCGAGGAUGGUGGCGACACUACCAGGCGGCCGACUUUGGCCGCGUGAACGUUGAGAAUUGGAUUGACGCGAUCCGUCUCAGCGAGGGAGUUAAGAAGAAGCUACCUGAGGGUAUCGUUGCCAUCUCCGUCGAGGAGCAAACGCCGGAGCCAACACCGGAAGAAACACCAGAACCAACUCCCGAUGCCACAGAAUCCGUCAGCAGCGAAGAGGCAACGCCAGUCACUCCCGAGCCCAGCAUCGACGCUGCUAGCGACUCGUCCGAGUCCACGCCAACGCAAACUGUCGACCCCACUGUGGAGCCAGAGACUGCGGCAGAGACACCGAUCAAGCACGAAGAGUUGUGA